GCUUGCCCUAUUCCAUCUGCAUAUAGUGAGAUGGCCCGCUUUAUGUGAAUUACUGGGCCAACUUCGCCCCGAGGCCUUUCUUCAUUAGGUGUUGCUUGCCUGCACGGGCAGUACGGAACACGGAAGUCAGUACUGUUGUGUAUGUAAGGUAGGUACAUACCUUGCUUAUGUAUGUUCCGUACCUUACCUAAGGUACUUUGAAUGCGCCCGAGACACUUUACACUGCCACGUUGUUCCAGUGCAGCUGCAUAACCCUCGGAUCGUCGAACAAUAACGCACUUCGGGAACUCGGACAUUUCAGUAUGUUGUGAACUAUCUUCGUCCCAUCUUCGAUGGUCGAUUUUUUCACCUGACUUACGCGCCUAUCUCGAAAAAAAUGACGCUACCAGAAGUUGCCGCUGCUCACAAGAACGGAGCUAGUUCCGGCGCCAACACGACCCCGGAUACGGACCCGGUACCCAUGAGGGCACCAAGCACGGAGAUGGCAGCCGUCACGGAUCGCGAUGGGGUCAACCCGCUCGAGUUCGAGGGCUCCGUCGACACCAGUGACGAGCCCCCCACUCUCGAGACCAUCCGCAAGAUCGACAAGUACACCGUACUAGACAAGGACGGCAAAUCCCACACCUUUCGCAGUCUCUACACCGGCCGCCACACGGCUCGCCGCGUGCUCAUCAUUUUCAUCCGCCAUUUCUUCUGCGGCAACUGCCAGCAAUACCUCCGGGCGGUGUCCGAGUUCAUCACGCCGCAGGCGCUGCUCUCCCGCCCGCGGGGCGGCACCACCUUCAUCUGCGUCGUCGGCUGCGGCGACCCGGCCCUGAUCGACAUGUACGCCGAGGCGACCGGCUGCCCCUACCCCAUCUACGCCGACCCCACCCGCCGCCUGUACGCCGAGUUGGGCAUGAUCCGCACCCUCGCCCUCGGCCCCCGCCGCCCGGCCUACAUGCGCACCGGCCUCCUCAAGAGCAGCCUGCUCAGCGUCGCCCAGGGGCUCAAGCAGGUCCCCAAGGGGCUGGCCCUCAAGGGCGGCGACACGAAGCAGGUCGGCGGCGAGUUCCUCUUCGAGCCGGUGGCGGGGGCCGGGCCCGACGGGGUCCGCGCCGCGGAGACGGCGGAGACGCCCAUCGGGAUCGAGCCCCCGGCCGCGUGGGCGCAGGCAGGGAACGGCGAAGGGGCCGGCCAGCGGUCCGAGACCAGCCUGGACGGGAAGGGGGAGCCGGACUCGGACGGGGUCGACAAGGUGGUGACGUGGUGUCAUCGGAUGAGGAACACGAGGGAUCACGCCGAGAUCCCCGUGCUGAUGGAGGUGUUGGGUUUGAAGGAUGAACCGGCUGCUGGUGGUGGGGGGGACAAUAAGGAGAGGGAUGGGAAAUCGGGCACUUAGGGGGUCGUCAAAGGUCAGGAGAAUGAGUAAAAACGGGGCUGCGGGUAGGUGAAAUUGCUCUUUUUUUUAUUUUUAUUUUUUUCAUGUACAUCCCGGGCGACGAUGGGAGAUCCUAGCGGGUCAUGAUAUCUCGGUUAGAAUUGGAGUUUUUAGGGGGGAUGACUUGCAUGUUCGCAUGUCAUAGCAGAGAAUGAUACCAACGGCAUUUCCACCUUACCUGAAAAAGCCUCUUUUCCCUUUCUCUAGUUUGCUCUAGUGUCUGAGACUCUG